AUGGGAAAUGGUUCGGUGAAACCCAAACACUCUAAGAAUCCAGAUGGGCACCCUGGGAACCUCACCGCCAGUGCCCUCCGGAGCAGGGUGACAGAGCUGGAAAGAGAGCUGAGGAGGAAGGAUGCUGAGAUCCAGGAGCGGGAGUACCACCUGAAGGAGCUGCGGGAGCAGCUGUCCAAACAGACUGUGGCCAUCGCGGAGCUGACCGAGGAGCUGCAGAACAAGUGCAUCCAGUUGAACAAGCUUCAGGAUGUGGUGCACCUGCAGGGAGGAAGCCUGCCCCGGGCGUCCCCGGACAAAGUGCCUCUUGAGGUUCAGCGGAAGACCUCGGGAUUGGUCUCCCUCCACAGCAGGAGGGGAGCGAAGGCUGGAGUGUCCGCCGAGCCGACCACCCGAACCUAUGACCUCAACAAACCCCCCGAAUUCUCCUUUGAGAAAGCAAGAGUCAGAAAGGACUCCAGUGAGAAGAAGCUCAUUACAGAUGCCCUUAAUAAAAAUCAGUUUCUGAAGAGAUUGGAUCCUCAACAGAUCAAAGACAUGGUGGAAUGCAUGUAUGGGAGAAACUACCAGCAAGGGAGUUACAUUAUUAAGCAAGGAGAACCAGGAAACCAUAUCUUUGUAUUGGCAGAGGGUCGACUAGAGGUGUUCCAAGGGGAGAAACUGCUGUCAUCCAUCCCUAUGUGGACCACGUUUGGGGAGCUAGCCAUUUUAUACAACUGUACAAGAACUGCCUCUGUGAAAGCUAUUACCAAUGUUAAAACAUGGGCACUAGAUCGAGAGGUAUUCCAGAAUAUAAUGAGAAGGACAGCUCAAGCUAGAGAUGAACAGUACAGAAACUUCCUCAGAAGUGUAUCCUUGCUGAAGAAUUUACCUGAAGAUAAACUAACCAAGAUCAUUGACUGCUUGGAAGUGGAAUACUAUGACAAAGGAGAUUACAUUAUUAGAGAGGGGGAGGAAGGAAGUACGUUUUUCAUUUUAGCAAAAGGAAAGGUAAAAGUCACCCAAAGUACUGAAGGCCAUGAUCAACCACAGCUAAUAAAAACACUGCAGAAAGGAGAAUAUUUUGGAGAAAAAGCUCUUAUCAGUGAAGAUGUCAGAUCAGCUAACAUUAUCGCCGAAGAAAAUGAUGUUGCAUGCCUGGUUAUAGAUCGAGAAACAUUCAACCAAACAGUGGGGACUUUUGAAGAACUCCAAAAAUAUCUUGAAGGGUAUGUGGCAAACCUGAACCGGGAUGAUGAAAAAAGACAUGCGAAGAGAUCCAUGUCCAGCUGGAAGCUGUCCAAAGCACUCUCUUUGGAGAUGAUUCAGCUGAAGGAGAAAGUGGCCAGAUUUUCCUCAUCAUCCCCCUUCCAGAACCUUGAGAUUAUCGCAACACUGGGCGUUGGUGGGUUCGGAAGAGUUGAGCUUGUUAAGGUGAAAAAUGAGAACGUUGCUUUUGCUAUGAAGUGUAUAAGGAAGAAGCACAUCGUUGACACGAAGCAGCAGGAGCAUGUUUACUCAGAAAAGAAGAUUCUGGAAGAGCUAUGCUCACCCUUCAUUGUGAAAUUAUAUCGCACCUUCAAGGACAAUAAGUAUGUAUACAUGCUUCUGGAGGCCUGCUUAGGUGGGGAGCUGUGGAGUAUAUUAAGAGACAGAGGCAGCUUUGAUGAACCCACCUCCAAGUUCUGUGUUGCUUGUGUGACAGAAGCAUUCGAUUACCUGCAUCGACUAGGUAUUAUCUACAGAGACCUGAAGCCAGAAAACUUAAUUCUAGAUGCUGAGGGCUAUCUUAAAUUGGUUGACUUUGGAUUUGCUAAGAAAAUAGGAUCUGGACAGAAAACAUGGACGUUCUGUGGAACUCCAGAGUACGUAGCUCCGGAAGUCAUUCUCAACAAAGGACAUGACUUCAGUGUGGAUUUUUGGUCCCUGGGAAUUCUAGUAUAUGAGCUCCUAACGGGCAACCCUCCUUUUUCUGGGAUUGACCAAAUGAUGACCUACAAUCUGAUUCUCAAAGGCAUUGAAAAAAUGGAUUUUCCCAGAAAGAUAACAAGACGACCUGAGGAUCUGAUUCGAAGGCUUUGCAGGCAAAAUCCAACAGAAAGACUGGGAAAUCUGAAGAAUGGAAUCAAUGAUAUUAAGAAACACAGGUGGUUAAAUGGUUUUAAUUGGGAGGGACUGAAAGCACGGAAUCUUCCAUCACCUUUACAAAGAGAGCUCAGUGGACCCACAGAUCACAGCUACUUUGACAAGUAUCCUCCUGAAAGGGGGGUGCCUCCAGAUGAGCUGUCAGGCUGGGAUAAAGACUUCUGA